CGUGCCGCCCUACUUUAAGACGGAGCCGGUGAGGAGCCAGUUGCACCUGGAGCGUAACAGGCUGGUGUUGACAUGUAUGGCAGAGGGGAGCUGGCCCCUGGAGUUCAAAUGGAUCCACAAUGGCACUGAGCUCACACGCUUCUCACAGGAGUACAGGUACUUGAUUCCCUCCCUGGACCGUUCCCAUGCUGGCUUCUACCAAUGUAUCAUCAGGAACCGUGUAGGAGCAUUACUACAGAGGAGGACUGAAGUGCAGGUUGCAUUUAUGGGCGGUUUUGAGGAGGGUGAGCGCGCCCAGUCGAUCUCUCAGGGGGAGGGGGCAGUGGUUCCCGCUCCACGCAUCAGGAGCUUUCCCCAGCCGCAGGUCACAUGGUUCAGAGACGGACGCAAGAUACCGCCCAGCAGCCGCAUAGCCAUUACUCUGGACAACACUCUGGUCAUCCUGUCCACAGUGGCCCCUGAUGCUGGACGUUACUACGUACAGGCUGUCAACGACAAGAACGGUGAAAACAAGACCAGCCAACCCAUAACCCUUUCUGUCGACAAUGUUGGUGGUCCUGCAGACCCCAUCGCCCCCACCAUAAUCAUCCCCCCAACAAACACCAGUGUAGUGUCAGGCACGUCUGAAGUCACCAUGGAGUGUAUCGCAAACGCAAGACCGCUGAUCAAACUCAGCAUCACAUGGAGGAAGAACAGGAUUCUGGUCACCAGUGGUCUGAGUGACUUCAACCGCAGACUGACCAUUAUUGGCCCUGUAGUCAGUGACUCAGGGUUCUAUGAGUGUGAGGUGGUCCUCCGCAGCAGCAGUGUGCCUUCUGUCAACGCUGGGGCCUACCUACAUGUUCAAGAGCCUCCCCAGUUUGUGAAGGAACCAGAGAAACACAUCACUGCUGAAAUGGAGAAAAUUGUGGAUAUCCCCUGUCAGGCACGAGGUGUGCCUCAACCAGACAUUGUGUGGUAUAAGGAUGCAGUGCCCAUCAGCCCAGUGAAAACCCCCAGGUAUAGGGUGUUAGUGGGGGGCAGUUUGCAGGUCAACGGCCUUCUUCCUGACGACACAGGGAUGUUCCAAUGCUUUGCACGGAACCUGGCAGGAGAGGUGCAGACCAACACCUACCUGGCUGUCACUAGCAUUGCCCCUAACAUCACAGCUGGACCAUCUGACAGCACGGUGAUUGACGGCAUGUCAGUCAUUCUCCACUGUGAAACAUCAGGAGCACCAAGACCAGCUAUCACCUGGCAGAAAGGUGAGCGUGUUCUGGCCAGUGGUUCUGUUCAGCUACCCAGGUUCACCUUGCUGGAGUCAGGCAGCCUGCUCAUCUCCCCAUCCCACAUAUCAGACGCUGGCACCUACACCUGCAUGGCCAGCAACUCCCGGGGCAUAGACGAGGCUGCUGCUGACCUUGUGGUGUGGGCUCGCACCCGUAUCAACACCCCCCCUCAGGACCAGAGUGUCAUCAAAGGCACCAAGGCCACUGUGACCUGUGGAGUUACACACGACCCCAGUGUCACCGUCAGGUAUGUGUGGGAGAAGGAGGGCUUGGUCAUCAACGCCCAGUCUAUCCCCCGUAUCCGGCUGGACCCGGAUGGUACCCUCCACAUCUCCCAGACCUGGUCAGGUGACAUCGGGACCUACACCUGUAGGGUUAUGUCGGUAGGAGGCAACGACUCACGCAGUGCACACCUCCGAGUCAGGCAGCUGUCCUAUGCUCCAGAGAACCCUGCAGCCCUGCUAAGUUCUUCAGAAAAGAGGGCCAUUAACCUGACCUGGGCCAAGCCCUUCGAUGGGAACAGCCCCCUACUUCACUACAUCCUGGAGGUCUCUGAGAACAACGCUCCCUGGGCUAUCCUCCUGGCCAACAUAGAGCCUGAGUCGACAGCGGUGACAGUCAGUGGACUCAUCCCAGCACGCUCCUACCAGUUCCGCCUGUGUGCCGUCAACGACGUGGGCAAGGGCCAGUUCAGCAAGGAGACUGACCGUGUAUCUCUACCAGAGGAACCUCCCAGUGCCCCUCCCCAGAAUGUGAUCGCCAGCGGCCGCACCAACCAGUCCAUCAUGAUCCAGUGGCAGCCCCCACCAGAGAGCCACCAGAACGGGGUUCUCAGGGGCUACAGCGUCCGGUAUCGUCUAACAGGUCUUCCGGUGGACUACCAGAGUAAGAACAUCUCCAAACCAGACGUUACCAACAUUCUCCUGGAGGACCUGAUCAUCUGGACCAACUACGAGAUAGAGGUGGCAGCCUACAACAGGGCGGGGCUAGGAACCUUCAGCCACAAGGUCACUGAGUGGACGCUGCAGGGAGUGCCGACUAUAGCCCCCAGUAAAGUUCAGGUAGAGGCCGUCAACUCCACGACCAUCCGUAUCACCUGGGCCGCCCCUAACCCUCAGUUCAUCAACGGGAUCAACCAGGGAUACAAGCUGUUGGCAUGGGAGCCAGGUCAGGAAGAGGAGGUCACCAUGGUUACAGUGAGACCUAACUUCCAGGACAGUGUGCAUGUGGGCUAUGUGACGGGGCUGAAGAAGUUCACAGAGUACUACAGCUCUGUGCUGUGUUUCACUACGCCGGGAGACGGCCCCCGCAGCCCCGCUAACGGCCUGAGGACACAUGAAGACACUCCAGGGGCAGUGGGUGACCUGAGCUUUACAGAGAUCCUCGACACGUCUCUCAAAGUGAGCUGGAGAGAACCUGAAGAGAAGAACGGAGUCCUCACAGGGUACCGUAUCUCAUGGGAGGAGUUUAACCGCACCAACACACGGGUGACCCACUACCUCCCCAAUGUAACCCUGGAGUACCGCGUCACGGGGCUGACUGCCCUCACCACCUACACCAUCGAGGUGGCCAGCAUGACCUCCAAGGGCCAGGGAAAACUGUCCUCCUCCACAAUCUCUUCUGGGGUACCUCCAGAGCUGCCUGGUCCUCCCACCAACAUGGCCAUCUCCAACAUCGGCCCUCGAUCCAUCACUCUCCAGUUCAAACCCGGCUACGAUGGAAAGACCUCCAUCUCUCGCUGGCAGGUAGAGGCCCAGGUCAGUGUGAUAGGAGACAAUGAGGACUGGGUGAUUGUUCACCAGCUGCCCAACGAGCCUGAUGCCCGAUCCCUGGAGGUGCCAGGACUAAACCCAUACACAUUUUACAGGUUCCGUAUACGUCAGGUGAACAUUGUGGGGACUAGUCCUCCCAGUCAGCCCUCAAGGAAGAUCCAGACCUUGCAGGCUCGUCCAGAUAUGUUCCCCGCUAACGUCACCCUGCGCACGGCCAGCGAGACCAGUCUGUGGAUCCGAUGGGUGCCCCUACCAGAGUGGGAGUACAAUGGGGACCCAGAGGUGGUGGGAUACCGGGUCCAGUACUCCCGCACAGGCUCCCAGGGCAGGGCGCUGACCCAUGUGAUCGCUGACCGUCUGGAAAGGGAGUUCACCAUCGAGGACCUGGAGGAGUGGACAGAAUACGAUGUCAGGGUUCAGGCUCUCAACGGCAUCGGGGCCGGGCCCUGGAGCCAGCCUGUCCGAGGAAGGACCAGGGAGUCUGUCCCCUCCUGUGGCCCCACCAAUGUGUCAGCCUUUGCCACAACCUCCAGCAGUAUCCUGGUGCGCUGGUUUGAAGUACCAGAACCAGACCGGAAUGGACUGAUCUUGGGAUACAAGGUGUUGUAUAGGGAGAAGGACUCUGACUCAUCCCUCCAGUUGUGGACAGUGGAGGGGAACGCCAGCCACAGUGUCCAGCUGACUGGUCUGGGGAAAUACGUCCUCUAUGAGAUCCAGGUCCUGGCCUUCACCCGCAUCGGAGACGGCAUGCCCAGCUCACCACUCAUACUGGAGAGGACUCUGGACGACGUGCCCGGCCCUCCAGUGGGCAUCCUGUUCCCUGAGGUCCGGACCACCUCAAUGCGUCUCAUCUGGCAGUCCCCGUCCCAGCCUAAUGGUAUCAUCCUGGCCUAUCAGAUCACGUAUCGUCUGAACUCGACCAAUAGCAACACGGCCACAGUGGACGUGUUAAAACCGAGUGCUCGCCAGUACACGGUUACUGGCCUGAAACAAGAGUCAGUAUACGUGUUCCGCAUCACAGCCCAGACACGCAAGGGCUGGGGGGAGGCCGCAGAGGCACUGGUGAUCACCACAGAGAAGAGAGCUCGCCCUCAGCCCACCGGUCGUCCCAUGGUGCCCCAAGAGAAUGUUCAGGCCCGCAGCGUGUUGUUGUCAUGGGAACCAGGCAGCGACGGCCUCUCUAUGGUCCGCUACUACACCGUGCAGCUGAGAGAACUGCCUGAAAGCAACUGGACUGUCCACUCUGCCUCGGUCAACCACGAGUCCAGCUUCUACAUAGUUGGCAGGCUGAAGCCCUUCAUGUCCUACCAGUUUAGAGUGAAAGCCACCAACGACAUAGGAGACAGUGAAUACAGCGAGGAGAGUGAAGUUAUCACCACACUACAGGACGCCCCUGACGAAGCCCCCACAAUCCUCUCUGUCACACCACACACAACUACAUCCGUGCUGAUUCGCUGGCAGCCUCCGUCUGAGGAGAAGAUUAACGGUAUCCUCCUUGGUUUCCGGAUACGGUACCGGGAGCUCAUGUACGACCGCCUCCGCAGCUUCUCCGUACGCACCGCCAACAGCCCCUCCAAUACUUGGACCGAGCUCAACUCCCCCUACAGCGUGAGAAACCUGAGCGAGUCCUCUCUCACCCAGUAUGAGCUGGAUAACCUGAGCAAACACAAGCGCUAUGAGAUCAGGAUGAGUGUGUAUAACGCUGUGGGGGAGGGACCAACCAGCACACCACAGGAAGUGUUUGUAGGAGAGGCAGUACCCACCGCCCCACCUCAGAACGUGGUCAUCCAAUCAGCAACGGCCACCCAGCUGGACGUGACGUGGGAGCCUCCUCCAUUGGACACUCAGAACGGAGACAUCCAGGGAUACAAGGUGUACUUCUGGGAGAUCCAGCGCAAGAAUGAGACGGAGAGACUGCGCACCCUGUUCUUGCCAGAGGGAGGGGUCAAGCUGAAGAACCUGACUGGAUACACCACCUACAUGAUCAGUGUGGCCCUCUUCAACGCAGCAGGGGACGGGCCCCGAAGCCCCCCAACCAGGGGCCGUACACAACAGGCUGCCCCCAGCGCUCCCAGCUUCAUCCACUUCAGUGAGCUGACCACCACGUCGGUCAACGUGUCCUGGGGCGAGCCUACCUACCCCAACGGCAUCCUGGAGGGCUACCGGCUGGUCUACGAGCCCUGCACCCCUGUUGACGGCGUCAGUAAGAUAGUGACGGUGGACGUCAAAGGGGCCCCGUUCUGGAUGAAGAUCAAGGACCUGGCUGAUGGGGUGACCUACAACUUCCGGAUCCGGGCCAAGACGUUCACAUACGGGCCUGAGGUGGAGGCUAACAUCACCAUGGGGCCUGGGGAAGGAGCCCCGGGGCCCCCUGGAGAGCCUUUCAUCUCCCGGUACGGCUCAGCUCUUACCAUCCACUGGUCCAACGGUGACCCCGGGAGGUCGCCUAUCACACGCUACGUCAUCGAGGCCAGACCUUCAGAUGAGGGCUUGUGGGAUAUCUUGAUCAAGGACAUCCCAAAGGAAGUGAUGUCAUACGCCUUCAACAUGGACAUUCUGAAGCAAGGGGUUAGUUAUGACUUCCGGGUUAUUGGCGUGAACGACUAUGGCUACGGGUCUCCUAGUCCACCCUCAGCCUCCAUAUCUGCCAAAAAGGUGGCGCCAUUCUACGAGGAGUGGUGGUUCUUGGUGGUGGUGGCCCUGGUAGGUCUUAUCUUCAUCCUCCUUCUGGUCUUCAUCCUCAUCAUCAGAGGACAGAGCAAGAAGUACGCCAAGAAAUCUGACUCAGGGAACAACUCCAACUGUAAUGCCCUGACCCAUGGAGAUAUGGUCAGCCUGGACGAGGGACGCUUCCCCGCCCUGGAACUCAACAACCGACGGCUGUCCGUCAAGAACUCCUUCUGUCGUAAGAACGGUGUCUAUACCAGGUCUCCUCCUCGGCCCAGCCCAGGCAGUCUCAACUACUCUGAUGAGGAUUUGAGCACCACCAAGUACAACGAUCUGAUCCAGGCUGAGAACAGCAGCCUGACAGAGAAACCAUCUGAGAUAUCAGACUCUAAGGAGGCCCUGGUGUUCUCAUAUGGGACGGGUGGUCUGCGUGUGCUUCCACUGAACUGGGGCAGUGACAGUGAGUACGAAGUGGACCAGAACAGACAGAAGACACACUCCUUUGUGAGCCACUACAUCAGUGAUCCCACCUACUACAACUCCUGGCGCCGCCAGCAGAAGGGCAUCUCCCGGGCACAGGCCUACAACUACACAGAAUCAGAGUCGGGUGACCCGGAGCCCUGCGCCCCGUCACCACCCCUGCCCCCACUGCCACCCCAGCUCACCUCCACCACCCCUCCACCCCAGCCCCAGCCCCAUGGUCAACCCCAGGGCCUCACACCCCAGGGCCAGGGUAGUCUGUUCAGGCCUAAAGGCAGCCGGACUCCCACCCCCUCUCAGCAGCUCUCCAACUCCACCCCUCCCAGCCACUCCAACACUCUGUCCUACUGGCCCCCCAGCAGCCCCAGCCCAGCCCCUGGAUCUCGGGCCCCCAUCGCCGGGUUCUCCUCCUUCGUUUGAUUCCGAGAGGGAUCUGUGUUCCCUUCUGAAAACAAAAGCCACCCUGCUGCCCAACGUGUCUAGAGAGUAAAUACCCAACACAAAAGAAACCUUUGGAAUCCACCAUAUUGAUUUCUGUUUCUCCGGUUUUUCUUACUUGUUUUUCUUCUUUCCUUUUUAUUACUGAGUUGUGUUUUAAGCAUCAUACUGUACACAGACAGGACAGAAGUGACAUACUUUAUUCCAGUACAUUGUUUCUCUUGUGUGCGUGUGCUGGUAUAGUUUUAUUUCCAUUCUUUAACCCAGAGACAGUUGCUGAGAACAUGUUUCUGUUUGAUUGAUUUGCAUGAGUUUCAAUGUAUUGUUUAUUUUCUAUUUUUCAUUGUUACACUUCUACACACAUACAACAAGAGAAUAAUUUAGUUAGAUACUGUAAAAAGGCAAUAGUUUAUUGGAAAAAUAUAUCUACAAGACGAUAAGUGUCAUAGCGUCAAUCCACACUCAGAUAACAAGCACCAAUGAAACUGGGAUCCCAAAAUGGAGCCAUACAAGCGAGUGAAAUGAGUAGAGUUUGAAGGAUGGAAAGAGGAACAGGGUAUAGAAAAGACAAAGUAAUGAAAGUGAGAAGGAAGGUGGAGAUUGAGGCUGAAAUGAGCCCACUGGCAGUCUUUACAUGUCCAGUCCUGUCCAAUUAGGUCAAUUCAGUUUCUGGGUGUUAAUGUGAGAUAUGUUAGUGACCUCCCCCUAUUUAAGCUAUGGACCAUGAUCCUCAGCAGUUAUCUGGCCUGGCCUAUAGGGUACGCACUAUUGAGUCUGACAGCAUUUCGAUGUCACAUCUCUGUGCUGUACACCAAGUUCCUAGUUGCCUGCCUGCCUUGGCAGAUAUGGGAAAUGUACUGUAUGUCUGAAGUAAAAAUGCUGAUGUUGGUCUGCAAGUUCUUUGUGUCUUUUAGUGGAUCAGAUAUGCCAUGGUUGAUUAUAACUAGGGAUUAAAUUUUCCUGAAAAUGUUCCCUUACAAGCUCUUCUCAGGCAUCCCAGUGUUCCUGUUGAAAGCGGAAGUGCUAUUUAAAAGCAUAUAAUACCAGCGAAGGAAAUCUGACAUUAUUCUACCACUGAAAAAUAUACACAGGAAUCUAACAGUUUCUUGUUUUUGUUUCAUUUUAAUCAACUAAAAGUUCUCAGUCACCACACUAUUUCGUUGAUGUAAUUUAGUUUUAAUGUAGGCAUAUGAAGCACUGUUGGCCGACUUGUAGAAUAUCCGGAGGUUAUUACAGCCUAGUGAAAACUUCAUUCGUUUUAGCCUACCAUUGACGGAAAGCUUGUUGGUCCUUUCCUCUCACUAUCAUGGGAAUGAGGCCAAGUAGUGGUUGUUUUGACAACAGUUUAGUCAUUUAGCAGACUCUCUUAUCCAGAGGGACUUACAGGAGCAAUUAGGGUUAAGUGAAAUGCUCAAGGGCACAUCAGAUUUUUCACCUCGUCGGCUCGGGAUUCAAACCAGCAAUCUUUCAGUUACUGGCCCAAUGCUCUUAACCGGUAGAAUACCUGCCGCUUACUGUGUUGCCUUAGUCUUAGGGAAUGUAGUCUGAUGCUGCGCUAAACAAACAGAAAAGCAAAUGGCCGCAGUAGCGGACAUUCAGCACCAUGGUUUAUCAAUUCCCUGCAGAUCUUUAAAAUCCUGCUCUCACUUCUGUUAGUGUAACAUCAUGGAACAACGUUGCAAAUGUCUAUUUCCUUGAGUGCUUUUGCGGACACAAUGUAUCAGCCGUUUUGUUAACAGUGAAUAGCAGUUUAUAUUUUGGAGCCUCUGCCAGUGCCGCAAAGCUAGUUUGGAGAUUUGUGACCGUGAGAUUGAGAUUCAACGCAGUUAUGGUAAGCAAAGGUCACAUGUAGUCUGCUACAGUUUUAUGUUAGUCAACGAUGCCAGUUAAAAGGAAUCAAUUGGGGACUUGUGUUGAGUAGUCUGAAUUGGUAGGCCGCUAGCAUUGUGAUCAGUGGUCUAAUAUGUGGAUGAAGUCAGAGUUAAAAUCUGUUUAAUAUUUUUCCAUAGAAAUUAUAAAGUGCCUUUGGAAACUAUUCAGAUCCCUUGACUUUUUCCACAUUUUGGUAGGUUACAGCCUUAUUCUAAAAUUGAUUAAAUAGUUUUUUCCCCCUCAUUAAUCUAAACACAAUACCCCAUAAUGACAAAGCUAAAACAGGAUUUUAGAAUUUUUUGCGAAUGUAUUAAAAAUAAAAAACAGAAAUAUCGAAUUUACAUAAGUAUUCAGACCCUUUACUCCAUACUUUGUUGAAGCAUCUUUGGCAGCGAUAACAGCCUUGAGUCUUCUUGGGUAUGAUGCUACAAGGUUGGCACACCUGUAUUUGGGAAGUUUCUCCUAUUCUUCUCUGCAGAUCCUUUCAAGCUCUGUCAGGUUCGAUGGGGAGCGUUGCUGCACAGCUAUUUACAGGUCUCUCCAGAGAUGUUCAAUCGGGUUCACGUCCGGGCUCGGGCUGGUUCACUCACGGACAUUCAGAGACUUGUCCUGAAGCCACUCCUGCGUUGUGUUAGCUGUGUGCUUAGGGUUGUUGUCCUUUUGGAAAGUGAACCUUCGCACCAGCAGCAGGUUUUCAUAAAGGAUCUCUGUACAUUUCUCCGUUCAUCUUUGCCUCAAACCUGGCUAGUCUCCCAGUCCCAGCCGCUGAAAAACACCUCCACAGCAUGAUGCUGCCACCACCAUGCUUCACUGUAGCGAUCGUGGUAGGUUCCCUCCAGACGUGACGCUUGGCAUUCAUACCAAAGAGUUCAAUCUUGGUUUCAUCAAACCAGAGAUUCUUGUUUCUCAAGGUCUGAGAGUCUUUAGGUGCCUUUUGGCAAACUCCAAGCAGGCCUUCAUGUGCCUUUUACUGAGGAGUGGCUUCCGUCUGGCGACUCUACCAUAAAGGCCUGAUUGGUGGAGUGCUGCAGAGAUGGUUGUCUUUCUGGAAGGUUCUCUCAUCUCCACAGAGGAACUCUGGAGCUCUGUCAGAGUGACCAUCGGGUUCUUGGUCACCUCCCGACCAAGACCCUUCUCCCCGAUUGCUCAGUUUGGCCGGGCAGCCAGCUCUAGGAAGAGUCUUGUUGGUUCCAAACUUCUUCCAUUUAACAAUGAUGGAGGCCACUGUGUUCUUGGGGACCUUCAUGCUGCAGAAAUUCUUUGGUACGCUUCCCAAGAUAUGUGCCUUGAAACAAUCCUGUCUCGGAGCUCUACGGACAAAUCCUUCGACCUCAUGGCAUGGUUUUUGCUCUGACAUGCACUGUCGACUGUGGGACCUUAUAUAGACAGGUGUGCCUUUCCAAAUCACGUCCAAUCAAUUGAAUUUACCACAGGUGGACUCUCAUCAAGUUGCAGAAACAUCUCAAGGAUGAUUAAUGGAAACAGGAUGCACCUGAGCUCAAUUUCGAGUCUCAUAGCAAAGUGUCUAAAUACUUAUGUAAAUAAGGUAUUUCUGUUAGUUUUUUAAUACAUUUGCAAAAAUUUGGAAAAACCUGUUUUCGCUUUGUUUUAGUGGGGUAUUGUGUGUAGAUUGAUGAGGACAAUGUUUUAUUUAACACAUUUUAGAAUAAGGCUGUAACCUAACAAAAUGUGGAAAAAGUCAGUCUGAAUUUUUCCCGAAAGCACUGUAUAUUAUUGUUCCCGAUAUCCCGGCAUUUUUUUUUUUGUGGGGGGGGGGGGUCGCGGAUACUGGUGUUAAUUCCUAAUUAUAACGUAUAUUUGUACAGUGUAUUGAUCUGACACCACUAAAGAAGACUGUUUCAUGGGCCAUACCAGGGUCUGCGGCACAAAUGGUACCCUAUUCCCUAUAUAAUUCACUACUUUGACCAGAGUCUUAUGGGACUGGUCAAAACUAGUGCAAUAAAAGGAGAAUAGUGUACCAUUUGGGAUGCAUUCCAGGUCAUUACUCCUACAGAGGCUCAUCAGCCACUAUGAGCCUUCUACAGAUCUGACAGGUGCUGGGUGUGAAGACAUCUAAAAGCCGUUCCUAUACUGAUGAUCUAACCUAACCUGUGGCAUCACGACUCACUCACAACCCUCAUGAACACACUGUCACCGCACAUACCCGGUGGCCCACAACAACAUCUGUGACAUCAUCAUGCUUCCACAUCAAACUAUAAAGACUGGAAAUGAUAACACAGACAGCAUCUAAAGUGUUCUUUGAGUUCAUUGGUUCCCACAUGUGGGCACACAGAGAGAGGCAGGCUCAGACAUGGGGGCCAUUUAGAAAAACAGACGGAGAAUAUGCAUUUCCGCUGGUCUCCACAGAGUUCUCAAACCCAGAUUAGAUUCGAGCCAAUGUCUUAAGUAGCUGAACAUGUCAUUACUUCGACCUUGUGAAAGUGACAAACUGACACUUUUUUUCAUUUUGUAAAAAAACAACUUUAUAUAGAAGGAGUGCCUUUGAUUUUACGGCCUGCACAUGAGCUUAGCUAGCUAACAUUGCCAUGACAUCGCCUACAAGCGUGAUCUGGGAUUUCUAUUGGAGAAGCAGUUUCUGGAGCUCUUCAUCUAUCGGCUCUUUGGGGUCUCUCUCAUCUAGCUCAGGUGCUGCUCUCUGUCAGUGACAUCAUCAUGGGAAGUCUUUGAGCUUGUACAAAGAGAUGUCCUGGAAUGGAUUCACCUCUCAUGUUGUGUAACAAUGAUGGCGGUGAUGAUGAUGAGCGCACAAUGCAUGUGUGACUGACUAUGAGUCCUAUCUGAAUGAGACUUAUUGUCUGUGCUGACGUGUGAUGAUAAGACUUCUUCAACAUAAGCUUUAUACAUAGCAUCCCCUGUGUGUACAGGAUGCCCAGGCUAAGGCACUGCCCGCCUGGCGCCUGCCCUCCAUGGCAAGCUGAAAGGGCACGUACAUUUAAUUCCAGACUCAGUGGUCGUAGUCACAGUUUAAUCAUAAUUCCAAAAUUCUCAUCUGCUUUUAUCUCUGUGGGGUGAUUUUAAUGUACGCAAAUAAAAUAACCAUCAUUAUACUGAAUCUGAAUGGAUAUAUGAUCACGGUACAUUUCCAAAAUAAAGUUCUGGUACUGCAUACUGUAAAGGGUAUGGAAGGAGUGUGUGUAAGUGGGGGGUGUUGAUGUGAACAGAGAGUGGCUUUGAAAUUGUAUGACUGUAACCAUGGUAGCAUACACUGAGAUGGUGUUGACAGUAGACAGUGAAUGUGUAAUGAUGUAUAUAAUACAAUGUGUCAUGAUAAAUAACACAGCCAGCAACAUUUUACGUUUCUUUGAGUUCAAUGAUUCUCACAUGUGGGCAUACAGAAAGGAGCAGGCUCAAACACAAGAGCCAUUUUGAAAAACAGACAGAGAAUAAGCGCCUCUGCAUGUCUCAUCUGGCUCAGGUGCUGCUCUCUGUCAGUGACAUCAUCAUCGCGGGGAGGAAGCCUUUGAGCCGAAGCAAAGAGAUGAUGUCAUGGAAUGGAUUCAGAAAUGCACAAUGCAGUUGUGAUUGACUUUGAGUCCUAUCUGAAUAUGAGACUAUUGUCUGUGGUGACAAUUGAUGAUAACACUUCGUCGACAAAAGCUUUAGAGUGUCCACUGUGUGUCUGGAUACAAGACACUGUACAGGAUGCUCAGAAGAAGAAGAAGAGGGAGGGUAGGUAGGUAGGCACUGCCCGCCUGGCACCUGCCCUCCAUGACCAACUUAAAGGGCACAUACUGUACACAGCCACAGGCAGGACACAGGCACACUAGUACAGCCACAGGCAGGAUAUAGCCACAAACUAGUACAGCCACAGACAGGACACAGGCACAUGCUAUGUACAGCCACAUGCAGGACACAUCCACAUACUGGUUCAGCCACAGGCAGGACACAGCCACAUACUAGCACAGCCACAGGUAGGACACAGCAGCCACAGGAAAGACACAGCCACAUACUACUACAGCCACAGGCAGUACACAGCAGUCACAGGCAGGACACAGCCACAUACUAGUACAGCCACAGGCAGGACACAGCCACAUACUAGUACAGCCAUAUACUAGUACAGCCACAGGCAGGACACAGCCACAUACUAGUACAGCCACAGGCAGUACACAGCCACAUACUACUACAGCCACAGGCAGAACACAGCAGCCACAGGCAGGACACAGCCACAUACUAGCACAGCCACAGGCAAGAAACAGCAGCCACAGGCAGGACACAGCCACAUACUAGCACAGCCACAGGCAGGACACAGCAGCCACAGGAAAGACACAGCUACAUACUAUUACAGCCACAGGCAGAACACAGCAGCCACAGGCAGGACACAGCCACAUACUAGCACAGCCACAGGCAGGACACAGCAGCCACAGGAAAGACACAGCUACAUACUAUUACAGCCACAGGCAGGACACAGCAGCCACAGGCAGGACACAGCCACAUAAUAGUAGAGCCACAGACAGGACACAGCCACAUACUACCACAGCCACAGGCAGGACACAGCCAUAGACAGGACAUAUCCACAUACUAUUACAGCCACAGGCAGGACAUGGCAGCCACAGGCAGGACACAGCCACAUAAUAGCACAGCCACAGGCAGCACACAGCAGCCACAGGCAGGACACAGCCACAUAAUAGUAGAGCCACAGGCAGGACACAGCAGUCACAGGCAGAACACAGCCACAUACUAGUACAGCCACAGGCAAGACACAGCCAUAUACUAGUACAGCCAUAUACUAGUACAGCUACAGGCAGGACACAGUAGCCACAGGCAGGACACAGCCACAUACUAUUACAGCUACAGGCAGGACACAGUAGCCACAGGCAGGACACAGCCACAUACUAAUACAGCUACAGGCAGGACACAGUAGAAACAGGCAGGCCACAGGCAGGCCACAGCCAGGACACAGACACAUUUAAUUCCAGACUCAGUGGUGGUAGUCACAGUUUAAUCAGAAUUCCAAAAUUGUCAUGUGUUUUUUUCUCUGUGGGGUGAUUUCACUGUACGCAAAUAAAAUAACUAUCAUUA